AUGAAAAAAAUAAACGACACACAUUUCUUAUCAGUGGACUGGCUGUCACAUUUUAUCACUUUAAUUCCGACCAACUUCUACCAGCUGCACACAGGUCAGAUGACAUCGUAUGACCACCAAAAAUUAAAUGCAAAGAAUAGAGGCAAUGAGAGUAACAAGAUUAAAGAGAUGCUGACAUUGAACAAAAAACAUGGUUUGAGCAACAACAUAUACAGCAGAAUAGAAUUUCAGAAUUUCCCCAAUGACGUUUUCAGUAUGAUUUGUGAAAAUAUUAGUGUUAAAGAUAUUCUGAACCUUUCAUUGACGUGCUCAGUAAUUAGGCGAAAGGUAGAAGGUAAAAUAUAUACACAUUUGCGUAUUAUUGAUAUUGAUCACAUCGUCGACGAGGAUGAAUUGGUAAUACAGAGACACUUUGGAACUUUCAAGGAUGAAAGUUUAGAGACUGAAAGUUGGUGGGUGUAUAAUAACAUUUCAAAUAUCAAAAGUGCAAGAGGAAUAUUGUACUUGGUUUAUGAUAUUUUGACUACACCGCAACACGGUAAUUAUCUUCGAACUAUUGAGAUCAACCCUGUACUAAAACCAUCACCUUGGCAAAGAAGGAAAGAUCACGAUUCGAACAGUGAAAAUUCAAUUUGGAAUAAAACACUGGAUAAUUUUCUAAAGGAUAGUGAGGUUGAAUUUAUCAAAAGUAAAUUUUCAUUUUUCAAGCCAUCCUUAACACUAUUUGAUUGUCUAUUAUUGUUGCUCGAUUAUACGCCAAGAUUGGAAAGCUUAAUUGUAUCGAGAUUUUCGUUAGAAUGUGUUUCCAAACUUUUGGUCAAGACUGACAAUUUGAAGGAACUCAAAAUUAUGAUCUACGAACAUGAUAAUUUUGUUGAACUACCAUUUAAUAAAAUCCAAAAACUUGAGAAACUUCGAAUUAAAUUUCAAGAAAACACCGAACAAACCUUGGAAAAGAUCUCCCUUAAUUUUUACAACUGUGGAAUUUUUAACAAUCUAAAGUCUUUGAGGUUGAAGUACGAUAAGACCGACUUUAACUAUCUCAACAACCCAACUUGGUAUUCUUUUUUCAAAUCUUUACCUCGGAAAUUGGUUUUCCCUAAAUUGAAGGGCAUCGAAUUAAAAGAUUGUUUCUUUGGCAGCGAUCAACAUAAUAUUGUCAAUAACUUAUCAGUUGUUUUGCCACUGCAUGAGCUAAAAUGGUUAAGUUUGCAAAUUUACGAAUAUUCACAUAAAGGUAUAAAACAUAGCAGAUGCUCAACUGAUGACUCCAUUAAUCAUGAAAACACAGUGUUGUUGAAAUUGGCAAGGCACUUAAAGAAAAUUGAACAUUUAACGAUAAAGCCUACUAAAAACUGUAAGGAGUGCCAGAUAAACUCAAUUUGGAAAUUUCUAUCGAUGCACAAGAAGCUGAGAAAACUAUGGAUUUCAACAGAUUCCUUAAACCAAUCAAACUAUGAUAAAUUGCUGAAUGCAUUGUAUGAUUUGCAAGCAUUAGAACAGCUUGCAUAUUUUGAUCAAUACAUCGAUGGAAAAUUGAUCUACAGCUUAAAAAAAUGGUUUAUUAUCGAUCAUGGAACCUUUGAUUUUGAUAUUUUUAAAAAUUACGAGUCUGAGAAAUUGAGACAAGACAUCAUUCCUAUUUUCAAUUGUUAUAUCAUUGAAGAAUUUAAAAAUUUUAAUGAGAGAGAAAGUGAUUUACUUGUUCUAUUUUGGCAGAAACAUGUAAAGGAAUUUGGUUUUUUAAAACUAUUAACCAGGAAUAGUUCAUUUAUGGAAAUGAAAUUAUUUGGCUAUAAUUUUAAGGUAGAUGGUAAGAGGAGAGCGAUUAUGCUUUACAUCUCAAAAGUUAUUGGUUAUGUUGACCUUCUAUACUAUUAG